GGUCUGACCCAGGAAGAAGCAUCGCGAGAAUCCCUUCUCAACGUCGUCGCUGGAAGCGACACCUCAGCUACUACAAUUCGCCUCAUCAUGCUCAGUCUCCUAAGCAAUCCCAUUAUGUAUCUCAAACUUCGAACCGAAAUUGACGACGCAAUCGAAGCUGGAAGUAUCUCAUCACCCAUCACCGACGCCGAAGCAAGAAAACUUCCUUACCUCCAAGCUGUUAUCCAAGAAGGCUUACGCAUCAAAGCCCCCGCAGCCGGCCCGUUGUUCAAACAAGUUCCUCCUCAAGGCGAUGAAAUCGACGGAAAGUUCAUCCCUGGAGGAACACAGAUUGGGCAAUCGCCAUUCGCUGUUUAUCACUCCAAGGAGAUCUUUGGUCAAGAUGCUAGUCUCUUUUCGCCUGAGCGAUGGAUCAAUGCGGAUCCUGCGAGAUAUGAGGCUAUGGCCGAGGUUGUGAGUCUUGUGUUCUCGAGCGGAAAGUAUCAGUGCUUGGGUAAACCUGUUGCAUUUAUUGAGUUGAACAAGAUCUUUGUUGAGUUGUUGCGACGCUUUGACUUUUGUAUGGCUCGUCCCGAGAGACCUCUUCAUAUCAUGAAUGCUGGAAUUUGGCUUAUUGAAGACUUUCCCGUCCGCAUCACACGUCGAGAAGCAUAA